CGCAUCGCAUAUCCCACCAGGCAGUUGUAUUGUGUAUACACACAUACCUUAACCUCAAUCCUCCUUAACACGCAAUCGCCAUGGCUGCAUCCAUUCCUGCGAAGCUCAAGGAGGCGCAAAUCUCCCAGUUCGCUGCUCGCGCUGCGCAACUGGAGAAACACAAGCCCAUCAUUUCAUACUGGCUGAGGUUCUACAUGACCCAAAAGAUAAUAGGAAAAAACCUGCACGUCGGCGAUGAGGAGGCCACCAAGUAUACCGUGGACCUGAUGGAUAAGCUCGAGACUAUGAAGGCCGAAUACCCCACGGAAGAUGCACUGUUGGAUGAGGUUGCUGCAUAUGCCUACUGCGAACAGUUCGCGCUGCAGGUGUUUUCCAAGGGUGACAAAGAGAUAAGGGAGAAUAAGGUCACAAAAGCGACUGCGGAUACGUUUCUCGCCGCGUCCACCUUCUUCGAGACAUUGACAAUUUGGAAAAACCCAUUGGAACCGGAGGUCCAAGCGAAGUUGAAGUACGCCAAAUACCACGCCGCGCGCAUUUUAAAAGCUAUCAAGGCUGGAACCGACCCAAAUGAAUCCAAUCCGAAGCAAGAAACACCAGCAGUGUCACCAGCCCCGCUGGAUCCUAACGACCCUGAAGUACAACGUAUCAGUGAUGGAAUUUCUCAUCUUCCGACACAGCCAUCACAUCAACCCUAUGUUGAAUCCGCACCCAACACAUCAGCUCAGCCUUCUCCAGCUUUGCCCGCACAAGGCGCAACCUCACCACCCACCCUUCCAUCCGCACCCACAGGAUACUCACAACCCAACCAGCAGCCUCGAUUUUCUUCUCACGAUGAUGUUUCCCCAAUAUCGCAAUCAAUUCGUUCGCGUCAGGGUUCAGUCGCCUCUGCAGGUGGAGGAUACUUCCCGCGUGUGGAUGUCCCUACAUUUACGGCAGAUGCUGCUGCGCCAUCUCUCCCUACCGCUCCUUCCUUGAACGAGGACCAGCCCAUGACCAGCCCAUUCGAUAACUCUCUUCCUCAACCGCCUCAACCUCCGUCGGCGCCGCCAUUGGCAGAUCCUCAACAGUUCUACAACGCAGACCCAUCUUCGCCCCCUGUACCGCAACCACCGCAGCAACCGUCAUUUCAACCUCCGCCUAACUUCACUUCAACAUCUCAACUUUCGCCCCAGAAUCCUUAUCAGCAACAAGCACAACCUCCACAAAUACAACCAUAUCAGCAGCAAUACGCUCAAGCUAUUCCAGCUACGACACAAGCCAGUCAUCAGGGUCCUCUCCGCACAGACGAAGAAUCAGUGGCAGAAGCCCAAAAACAUGCUAAAUGGGCUAUUUCGGCGCUCAACUUUGAGGAUGUGAAUACAGCAGUGAAAGAACUACGUACAGCUCUGAAAGCAUUGGGAGCGAACUGAAGAAUCGCGUACCAUGGUUGGAUUGCAUAUGAUAUGAUGUUUGCGAUUCCUUUUCAAUUUCUCACCACGUCAAAGUAUGUAAUUGUAUUCAAGCCCUGGUUUAUACCCAUAUUGGAUUGUAUAGAAGCUACUUUAAACCUUAAUGAUAUUGCAGC